GACUACGAAUUGCAGUUGAUGACGUACAAGGCCUUUGUAGAAUCACAGCGGAAGUCCCCUGGCAAGCGCCGGCGCAUGCUUUCCUCUUCAGAUGCCAUCACACAAGAGUUCAUGGACUUAAGGACUCGCUACACAGCAUUGGUGACCUUAACAACUCAGCAUGUGAAAUACAUCAGUGAUGCACUCCGGCGCUUAGAGGAGGAGGAGAAAGUGGUAGAAGAGGAAAAACAAGAACAUGUGGAGAAGGUUAAAGAACUUUUGGGUUGGGUGUCUACCCUUGCAAGAAAUACACAAGGAAAAAUAACUCCAUCUCAUACCAAAGAAUCAACAGAAAUUGAAAAAGCUAUUUUGGAACAGCAGAUUCUGGCAGAAGAGCUUACAACCAAGAAGGAACAAGUUUCUGAGGCCAUUAAAACUUCACAGAUCUUCUUGGCCAAGCAUGGUCAUAAGUUAUCAGAAAAAGAGAAGAUGCAGAUUUCUGAGCAGUUGAAUGCUCUGCACAAGGCCUACCAUGGCCUUUGUGAUGGCUCAGCACACCAGCUCCAGCAGCUGCAGAGCCAAUUGGCUCAGCAGACAGAACAAAAGGGUUGCAGAGCAGUUGCAGGAGUGAUUGACCUAGGCACAGUGGAGAUAUUUCCCAUCUUCAGAGCCAUGCAAAAGGGCCUCCUUGAUCAAGACACAGGCCUUGUGCUUCUGGAAUCCCAGGUUAUCAUGUCAGGCCUCAUUGACCCUGAGACCAGUGAAAAGCUCUCUUUGGAGGAGGGCCUCACCAGAAACCUCAUUAGUCCUCCUAUGUACCAGCAGCUUCAGGAGCUACAGGCUGUCCGGUCCUUAAUAAGUAGACUUACUGAAAACAAAGGCCCUCUUUCUGUGGUGGAAGCAAUUGAAAAGAGAAUGAUCAGUGAGAGAGUUGGACUGAAAUUCUUAGAAGUUCACCUGGCAACUGGAGGUUUCAGUCUCUCCCCCAGUGAGACUUGUAUUAACCUGGAAGAUGCUUUUCAUCAAGGCCUCAUUUCUCCUUGUCUUCAUUCAGUAUUAGAGUCUCACUUGAGAUUAUCUAAGAAUUUGAUAGACCCCAACACAGCAGAGAAAAUCAGUUUGCUAGACCUGAUGCAGAGAUGCAUUAUCCACCAAGAGUCAGGGUUGAAAUUGCUGCCUGUCAAGCAGUUGGCAGGGGGAAUGGUGAGCUUGAAAUCAAACCGAAAGGUUAGCAUUUUCCGUGCUGUUCAGGAAGGGCUCAUAGAUAGACAGGUCACUGUCCGGCUGCUAGAAGCUCAGCUUUUUGCUGGUGGCAUAGUAGAUCCAAGAACAGGACACAGGCUUACAGUGAAAGAGGCUGUAAGACAUAAUCUGAUUGACCGAGAUAUGGCCUGUACAAUUCUCAUAAGGCAGCUACAGACAGGAGGCAUCAUUGACACUGUCACAGGACAUAGAAUGACAAUAGAUGAAGCAGUGAGCAGUGAUCUAGUAGCUGCUAAGAUCGCUCUUGUGAUUCUGGAAUCCCUCUGGUCAUUCAUGGGGUUGCUAUGGCCUGAAUCUGGGGAGAUUCUCCCAAUUUCAGAUGCCAUAGAACAAGGUAUUGUGAGCUCUGAACUAGCACAUAAAAUCCUUAGUAACCGACAGCAUAUUGAGGCUCUUUUUCUACCAGCAACCACAGAGAUUUGCUCCUGGAAGAAAGCAAUAGAAAGUUGUAUUUUGGACAAAGAUCUUGCCAAUAACUUAAAAUUAAUUUGUAUCCCUGAUAUGAUGCCGCACAUGCAAUUAGCAGACUCUUCAGAACAAAACAAAUCAGGCAUUGUUCCUGGAGCAGCAGCUCUACUCUGCAGCAAGAGCCAAACUGAGAGCAUAGCAAACCAUGGAGAGAAGCUGUUAUUUCAACUGAUGACUCACAGUUAUAUUAAUGUGCAGAAUGGACAGAGAUUGCUUCUGUUAGAUCAAGAGCUGAUGCAGACUUUAAUAUCUGGAGAUGGAUGUCAAACAAGUCCUCCAGAAGUGUUUGGAAUUGGGCAUCAAAGAUCAGACACUCCUAAGGAAUUGCAAGAAUCACCUAAUGGGAACAUUACAGAAACAUUCAGUGGUGGGCUUACUGUGAGACCAUAUGAAUUCCAGUUUUCUUCUCAAAACAAAGAAUAUCCCGAUCAGGAAGAUUGCUAUGAUGCAAAAGGCAAAAAAACUGUUACAGGAAUAAAAUGUUCUUCUGUAGAGAACCCUGAAAAGGAUCUGUUUGUGGGAGAACAACAAGAAGGUACUGCGAAUGUUGACACUGUGAAGGUCAUACAUAAAGUAAAGUCAGAAUUACAAAGGCAGUUGAUAGGUACUAAAAAGGAAGACCAAACAGAAAUGUCUACUAGAGAAAAUGUCAACAGAGGACUGAUGGUACAUCCUAAGGAAGUUGAAGGUGGGCCCUUGGUGGUUGCAAUGACAGAGAAGAACUGGCAAGCUCCCAAAAAGACUUGCUUUACAAGUCAAAAAGAACAAGCAACAACCCUUCAGCCUGAAUGUACUCCAAGUGAAACUGGAAGACCUCUCAUAAAAUCCCAAAGCAAAAAGUCACAGUUUCAGGUAGAGAAGUCUCUAGAUUUAAAAUCAGAAUUUAAGUCAGAAAAUGUUAUGAAUAUUCAUUCUUUGGAUAAAGACAAAGUGUUAAAUGAAAUAUUUUUGGCUAGAGAUGGCCAUAAACAAAGCCAAGAAGGACAAAGCUUUGCAGAUGAUAAUACAAUGAUGUUAGAAAAGACUGACUCAGAAGAUCGUGGUUGUGAGACUUCAUUAUCAUGCAGUCAUCCUUCCAAAUUGCUUAAAGAAGCUUCCUUAAAUGUAUUAUCUACAGAGCUACUAAAUGGUGGUAUCUUUCAUGAAGAAACAGGUCAGAAGCUUUUACUGAAUGAAGCAAUAGCCAAAGGCAUUGUGCCCAGCCACACUGCUGUGAAACUUAUGGAAAAACUGAACAUGUUUCAGGGCUUCUUUGACUCUCAGACCUGCGAGUCUUUGACAACUGAAGAUGUCAUUGAAGAAGGUCUGAUGGAUGAGAAAUUGUUACAUUAUGUUCUCGUGGCAGACAAAGCUAUAAGUGGUGUCUUAGACCCCCGUACCCACACUCUCUAUUCUGUAAAGGAUGCCGUGACAUUUGGACUUCUUGAGAAGGAAACAGCUGCCAGGAUUUUAGAAGGGCAAGUAGUGACUGGUGGAAUUGUUGACCUGAAACGAGGCAAAAAAGUUUCAGUAACUUUGGCCUCAAAUCUUGGUUUGGUGGACCAUGCUGACCAGACAGAGCUUAUAAAUCUGGAGAAGGCUUCCAAAGGCAGAGAUUCUGAAAAAUCAGCCAGGGAGAGAUUAAUUGGUCUACAGAUGGAAACAACAGGACUUAUGGACCCUGACAACAAAAUCCCUUUAACAGUUGUGCAAUCCAUUGACAGAGGUCUUCUGAAGAGAGAAGAAGCUAUUAAUUUGCUGACUAAGCAGGUGAUUGAUGGAGGUAUCAUUCACAUUCAGUCUGGGAUGAGACUGUCCGUUGAUAAUGCCUUUAAACAUGGCCUGAUUAGUGAAGGUCUAGCCAUGCAACUCAAAAAAGUUGAGAACUUAUACCUCCUUCAAUUUUUUCAUCCUGAAACAAAGGAAAGUCUUUCCCUCUCUGAAGCCAUAAAAUUAGAUCUUGUUACCCCAGAGUUGAAAAGAGAAAUCCAAGAAAUUCAGGUCUUUAGUAGAAACCUUGUGGAUCUCAUUUCUAGCCAGAGAUUGACCUUGGCAGAAGCUAACAAAGAAGAGCUGUUAACUAAUGAAGCAGUAUUACCUUCAAGAAUGGAAUAUGGAGUUGUAGAUCCUGAGAAUUGCAAGAUUGUUCCCUACUCAGACAUGGUAAAGAAAUGUAAGAUUGAUAUUAAAUCUGGCCAGAGAUACCUAGAAGUAAUUCCCUUCUCAGACAUUAAAGAUGGAGCAAACGAUAGAGUGCUUACAUUGCCUGAAGCAAUUCAGCUUGGAAAAGUAGACUUUGCAUCCACACUGAAGGUUUUGGAGGCUCAGGCAAACACUGGUGGAAUCAUAGAUAUAGCCACAGGCCAAGGACUUACAUUGGCAUCAGCUUUGGAACAGAAAUUGGUGGAUGAAAGUAUGGCCAGAAUUAUUGCAUCUCAUCAGGUGUUAAAUGGAGGAAUUGUUGACAUAUUUAAUGAUCAAAGAGUGACUUUAAAGGAAGCUGUUGAGAAAAGACUUAUCAACCCUGAACUGGCAACUGUGAUCCAAAUAGAUACUUUAGAGUCCCAUGAUCACAGAGUGCAUAUUGAAGACCAAGAUGGAACUGAAGUAUGUGAAUUAAAGAAUGAAUUUCUAAGAAAGGAGAUAUUAGUUACAUGUAACGAGACUGCUGAAGUGAGUUGUGAUAAAGGAAAACAAAAUAGAGUCUUACAAAUUGAAAAUCAUUCUGCACAAGGAAAACCUAAAACAAGAGAUUCCAACAGUGAACAGGGAAAAAGGAUUUUAUUGGAGGAAUUGGAAGGUAAGGAUCAAAAUGAGGGGAGAACUCCAAAUGCUAAAGACUCUGUCAACAUCAUAAUUCCUGGUAAUCUUAAAGCUAAAUCCUCAGGUCAAAUUUUAGUGAUGCAUCCUCACUCAGAAGCAUCUGACCUAAAACUCAGAGAGGUAGCUAGAAAACACAUGGAAAAAAAUAAAAAUGUAGAGCAGGAAAAAGUAAUAGCACAAAUAGAAAUCACUCAUGUAAAGCAGUCCACCUUAGCCCUACAUGCUGAAGAUGCAAGAAAAAGUCAAGGGGAAAUGGUUUCAGAAGUACAGGAAUCAAAUUGUGAGCUAUCAGGCACAUUGCUGAGUGAGGAUCCAGUGAAUACCAGGGUAAAAAGUAAAAGAGAGAAGAGGGAGAGGAUUGUAGAAGAAAGUGUCCAAACGUGCAAACCAGAAGUUUUUCCUGAGGAAAAGCUGACUCAGGAAACUGCCGUUAGAGAUGAGCAUGACUCCACUAUAAAGAAUCAUCAGUUUGUGGGAAUGACUGAAGGUGAAAAAAGGAAAGAAACUUAUGGAGAAAUGGGGUUUUCUAUUAUUUGUAAAACUGAAGACUCUUCCCAAAUGAUGCCCAAAGGAAUUUCUGUAAGAAAUCAAGACACUUUAACACUCUUUAGCUCUACACAAGUCAGUGAAGGGGAAGUAAAAAAUGUAAGCCUAUGCUUUACCUUAAAACCCGAAGAAAUUUUAUCUCAAGAAAUUAUUAGUGAGGCUCAGAGUGAGCCAUUUUCUUCUAUGACCCUAAGACCUGAAGUAUUGGACAGCCAGGGGUCAAUUGAAAAAGGCCAAGUCAUAGGUGCAUCCCAAAUUUCCAAGACAGACAAGUCUGUCCAAGGAACCUCUAGACAAGAAACCAAUGAUAACCAAGAUUCUAAGGAAACCAAAGAUCUGAGUUUCCCAUGUAAAGUAUGUAAAGAAAAGUCAUACCAAGAAGUAUCUUUUGAUUCAGCAAGAGCUCUUACAUUGAAAGAAAUUAUGGUUUCUGGAGUAGAUGCAAGAGAGGUCAGGUAUCUGGAAUCCUCAGACAGAAAAGACUUUCAUGAGCAGGACAGCAAAGGUGAUCAUGAGCUUUGUGGAAUUCCUAAACUUAAAGUAACAACAGCUCAGGGAACAAAUGGAGAGAAAUCUCUAGAAAUGGCAAACCCUGUAGUUACAGGUCCAGAAGAAGAGCCACUUGAAGGCAUAGUGAUUCAGAGCGGUCCCAGAGUUUUGGUAUCCCUUCUUCCAGAAACAUUGUGCAAAGAUGUGUUGCAGAAAGAGUGCACAGGGCUACAGGAUGUUAUUGUUAGUCCCACUGUUUCAGAGAUCAAUGAAGAAACAACAGUAUCCCAAAUGUCAUACUCUAAAAUGAAGAUGGGUGAGAAGACACUACAGGAAAGGCUCAGAGACAGCCCUGGCAAUGAACAAGCUCCCUUCAUGGCUGUACCUGGGGUAAAGGGAAGUGAAGGUCUAAACUCAGAGCCUUUCAGAGCAACUCAAAAUGUGUUUAACCGGCAACUCUGUUUAGAACAUGAUGAGAAACUGGUAUCCUAUCUGUCUCUGUUACGGGACAUUGAAAUGAGAACCAAACAGAUUCAACCUUUAGAGUUUAACCUGGUAGAACUACAGGAUCUGCUGUGCCAGGCCAAGGUGUUAGACAAGGAACUAAAGGAUCUGUCCACCCUGGUGAGUCAGGAAUUGGGGUGUGUGGAUGAGAUUAUCAUCAGUCAGCCCCAAGAAGUCCCUGAGCAGCUGUUGAAGGCUCUAGAGAAAGAUGCCAAGAAUCUUCAUAAAUCUCUCAGCUCUGUGAGUGACACGUGGAGUUCCAGACUACUCCACAUCCAGAAUGCCAUGGAAGUCAAAAAGGCUACAGUGUUAAAUCAGCACAUGCAGCUAGAAAGCAAACUUCAAGAUCUAAGAACCUGGGUUGGCAAUACUGGUAUUAUUCUCAAAAGCAAGGGAUGUGAUAAUGAAACAGAUGUCAACAGCCUCAGUCACUCUCUCCAACAGUAUGAGGAUAUGAAACAGUUGGUGGCCAAAAGAAAAUCUCAGCUGGAUGCUCUUGCUUUCGAUACUCAGUUCUUUAUCUCUGAGCAUGCACAGGACUUGUCCCCUCAGCAGAAUCGACAAAUGCUGAGGCUUCUGAAUGAAUUGCAGAGGUCUUUCCAGGAUCUUGUGGAACAGAUCACAGCUCAGACAGAUGUCUUGCAGGGCCAUCUUCAACAAGUACAGCAGGAAGCCCAGGUUAAGACUCUGCAGAAACAACAAAACACCUGUCAUCAGAAACUACAGGAUCUUUGCAGCUGGGUAGGACAGGCAGAAAGAAUCCUGGUGAGCCACCAGGGCAGAGCCUCCCAGCAGGAUCUUUCUGCUUUGCAGAAGAACCAAAGUGAUUUGAAGGAUUUACAGGACGACAUUCAGAAUCAUGCCACCUCAUUUGCUACAGUUGUCAAAGACAUUGAAGGGUUCCUGGAAGAAAACCAGACCAAGCUGAGUCCCCAGGAGUUGACGGCUCUUCAGGAAAAACUUCAUCGGGCUAAGGAGCAGUAUGAGGCUCUCCAGGAACAGACACGGGUGGCCCAGAAGGAAGUGGAGGAAGCAGUGACUUCAGCUUUAAGACAGGAGACUGAAAAGAGUAAAGCAGCAAAGGAGCUGGAAGAGAACAAGAAUAAGAUUGAUGCUCUGUUGGAUUGGGUGACUUCUAUGGAAUCAUCUGGUGGACAGUUAAAGACCAGCCUUCCAGAAAUGGAGAAGGGAGCCUUGGAUACCACUGAUAGUUACAUGGGGGCAAACCAAGUGCCAGAGAAACUGGACAGGCAAUGUGAGGCAAUGAAGGCCCAUCACCAAGAAUUGCUGUCCCAGCAGCAAAAUUUCAUUCUGGCCACCCAGUCAGCUCAGUCCUUCCUGGACCGGCAGGGCCAUAAUCUCACCCUUGAGGAACGACAGAUGCUACAAGAGAAGCUAGGAGAUCUUAAGGAGCAAUAUGCAGCUUCCCUAGCCCAGUCAGAGUCAGAGCUGAAGCGGGUACAAACUCUCCAAGAUGAGUUACAGAAAUUCCUGCAGGACCAUAGAGAGUUUGAAAGCUGGCUGGAACGGUCUGAGAAUGAGCUGGAGGACAUGUAUAAAGGAGGCAGUGGCCCCGAAGCCCUUCCCUCCAUGCUAAAGAGGCAGGGAAGUUUCUCAGAGGAUGUCAUUUCCCACAAAGGAGACUUGAGAUUUGUGACUAUCUCAGGACAGAAAGUCUUGGACACAGAAAAUAGCUUUGAAGAAGGCAAAGAACCAUCAGCAACCAGAAACUUAGUAAAGGAGAAGCUGAAGAAUGCAACAGAAAGAUACACUGCUCUCCACUCAAAGUGUACACAGUUGGGCUCUCACUUGAACAUGCUACUAGGCCAGUAUCAGCAAUUCCAGAGUAGUGCUGACACUCUGCAGGCUUGGAUCCAGACUUGUGGCACCAAUGUGGAGAAGCUCCUCUCAGAUACUAUUGCCUCUGACCCUGGAGUACUACAACAGCAGCUUGUAACAACAAAGAAGUUGCAGGAAGAACUGGCUGAACACCAAGUACCUGUAGAAAAGCUCCAAAAAGUAGCUUGUGACCUCAUGGAAAUUGAAGGGGAGCCAGCUCUGAACCUUAAGCAUGUUCAAGAAAGUAUAAAUUCCAUACUCAGCCACUUCCAAAGCCUCUCCUGUAGCUUGGCUGAGCGCUCUGCUCUACUGCAGAAGGCAAUUGCCCAAUCUCAGAGUGUCCAGGAAAGCCUAGAGAGUCUGUUGGAGUCCAUCAGAGAAGUUGAACAAAACCUAGAAAGAGAACAGGUAGCAUCACUCUCAUCAAGAGUCAUCCAAGAAGCUCUGGCCAAUAAUGUGAAGCUGAAACAGGACAUUGCUCGGCAGAAGAGCAGCUUGGAGGCCACCCGUGAGAUGGUGAGCCGAUUCAUGGAGACAGCAGACAGCACCACAGCUGCAGUGCUGCAAGGAAAACUGACAGAGGUGAGCCAGCGCUUUGAGCAGCUCCGGCUACAGCAGCAGGAAAAGGAGAGCACCCUAAAGAAGCUCCUGCCCCAAGCAGAGAUGUUUGAACAGCUCUCCGACAAGCUGCAGCAGUUCAUGGAAAACAAAAGUCGGAUGCUCGCCUCUGGGAAUCAGCCGGAUCAAGAUAUUGCACAUUUUUCCCAGCAGAUCCAGGAGCUCACUUCAGAAAUGGAAGACCAACGGGAGAACCUAGAUACACUUGAGCACUUAGUCACUGCACUGAAUUCUUGCGGCCUUGCACUAAACCUGUCCCAGCACAAGGUCAGGGUACAGAACCUCAGAAAGGACUUCACAGAGCUGCAGAAGACAGUUCAAGAAAGAGAGAAAGAUGCAUCAUCUUGCCAGGAGCAAUUGGAUGAAUUCCGGAAGCUGGUUAAGACCUUCCAAAAAUGGCUGAAAGAAACUGAAGGGAAUAUUCCACCUGCAGAGACUUUCAUUAGUGCUAAAGAGCUGGAAAAGCAGAUUGAACAGUUAAAGGGUCUUCUAGCUGACUGGGCAAAUAAGGGAACUCUGGUGGAAGAAAUCAAUUGCAAAGGCACUUCUUUAGAAAAUCUCAUCAUGGAGAUCACAGCACCUGAUUCUCAAGCCAAGACAGGUUCCAUUCUGCCCUCUGUAGGAAGCUCUGUAGGCAGUGUAAACGGAUACCACACCUGCAAAGAUCUGACGGAGAUCCAGUGUGACAUGUCAGAUGUAAACCUGAAGUAUGAGAAACUAGGGGGAGUGCUUCGGGAACACCAGGAAAGCCUUCAGACUAUCCUCAGCAGAAUGGAGGAAGUUCAGAAGGAGGCAAGCUCAGUGCUGCAGUGGCUAGAAUCAAAAGAGGAAGUUCUGAAAACCAUGGAUGCCUCUCUGUCUCCAACCAAGACAGAAACAGUGAAAGCCCAAGCUGAAUCUAACAAGGCCUUCCUUACUGAAUUGGAACAGAACUCUCCAAAAAUCCAAAAAGUGAAAGAAGCCCUAGCUGGAUUAUUGAUGACAUACCCUAACUCACAAGAAGCAGAAAACUGGAAGAAAAUGCAGGAGGAGCUCAAUUCCCGAUGGGAAAGGGCCAACGAGGUGACUGUGGCUCGGCAAAAGCAGCUAGAAGAAUCUGCAAGCCAUCUAGCCUGCUUCCAGGCUGCAGAAUCCCAGCUCCGGCCCUGGCUAAUGGAGAAGGAACUGAUGAUGGGAGUUCUUGGGCCCCUGUCUAUUGACCCCAACAUGUUGAAUGCACAGAAGCAGCAGGUCCAGUUUAUGCUGAAGGAAUUUGAAGCACGCAGGCAACAGCACGAACAGCUGAACAAAGCAGCUCAGGGCAUCCUAACAGGCCCUGGAGAUAUUUCUCCAUCCACCAGCCAAGUACAGAAAGAACUCAAGAGCAUCAAUCAGAAAUGGGUUGAGCUGACUGACAAACUUAGUUCCCGUUCCAGCCAAAUUGACCAAGCACUUGUCAAAAGUACCCAGUACCAAGAAUUACUCCAGGACUUAUCAGAGAAGGUGAAGGCAGUUGGACAGAGACUGAGUGGCCAGUCAGCCAUCAGCACCCAACCUGAGGCUGUAAAGCAGCAACUGGAAGAGACUAGUGAGAUUCGAUCUGACUUGGAGCAAUUGGACAACAAGAUGAAGGAGGCCCAGACACUGUGCGAUGAACUCUCACUGCUUAUUGGUGAGCCAUACCUCAAGGAUGAACUGAAGAAGCGUUUGGAGACAGUUGCCCUGCCACUCCAAGGUUUAGAAGACCUUGCAGCCGAUCGCAUGAAUAGACUCCAGGCAGCUCUUGCCAGUACCCAGCAGUUCCAGCAAAUGUUUGAUGAGCUGAGGGCCUGGUUGGCUGACAAACAAAGCCAGCAAGCAAAAAACUGCCCAAUUUCUGCAAAAUUGGAGCGAUUACAGUCUCAGCUACAAGAGAAUGAAGAGUUUCAAAAGAACCUUAAUCAACACAGUGGUUCCUAUGAGGUGAUUGUGGCCGAGGGGGAAUCUCUGCUGCUUUCUGUGCCUCCUGGAGAAGAGAAAAGAACUUUACAAAACCAGUUGGUUGAACUCAAAAGCCACUGGGAAGAGCUUAGUAAAAAAACUGCAGACAGACAAUCCAGGCUGAAAGACUGUGUGCAGAAAGCUCAGAAAUAUCAGUGGCAUGUGGAAGACAUUGUGCCUUGGAUAGAAGAUUGUAAGGCCAAGAUGUCUGCAUUGCGGAUCACUCUGGAUCCACUACAGCUGGAGUCUAGUCUUCUGAGGUCAAAAGCUAUGCUGAGUGAGGUAGAGAAGCGCCGCUCCCUGCUGGAAAUACUGAAUAGUGCUGCUGACAUUCUGAUCAAUUCUUCAGAAACAGAUGAAGAUGAUAUUCGGGAUGAGAAGGCUGAAAUAAAUCAGAACAUGGAUGCCAUUACAGAGGAGCUACAGACCAAAACAGGGUCAUUAGAAGAAAUGACUCAGAGGCUCAAGGAGUUCCAAGAAAGCUUUAAGAGCAUUGAAAAGAAGGUUGAAGGAGCCAAACAUCAACUUGAAAUCUUUGAUGCUCUGGGCUCUCAAGCUUGUAGCAAUAAGAACCUGGAGAAGCUGAGAGCUCAGCAGGAAGUGCUGCAGGCACUGGAGCCUCAGGUGGACUAUCUGAGGAACUUCACACAAGGGCUGGUAGAAGAUGCCCCAGAUGGAUCGGAUGCUUCCCAACUUCUACAUCAAGCUGAGGUCACCCAGCAAGAGUUCUUAGAAGUAAAGCAAAGAGUGAACAGUGGUUGUAUGACAAUGGAAAACAAGCUGGAGGGAAUUGGCCAGUUUCACUGCCGAGUCCGAGAGAUGUUUUCCCAACUGGCAGAUCUGGACGAUGAGCUAGAUGGCAUGGGUGCUAUCGGCAGAGACACAGAUAGCCUCCAGUCACAAAUAGAGGAUGUACGGCUGUUCCUUAACAAGAUUCAAGCCCUCAAGUUUGACAUAGAGGUCUCUGAAGCAGAGUGCCGACAAAUGCUAGAAGAAGAGGGGACUCUAGACUUGUUAGGUCUCAAGAGGGAGCUAGAAGCCCUGAGCAAACAGUGCAGCAAACUGACAGAGAGGGGGAAAGCUCGCCGGGAGCAGCUCGAGCUAACAUUGAGUCGUGUAGAGGACUUUUAUAGGAAAUUGAAAAUACUCAAUGAUGAGACCACAGCUGCAGAGGAGGGAGAAGCACUCCAGUGGGUAGUGGGAACUGAAGUGGAUGUCAUCAACCAACAAUUAGCAGAUUUUAAAGUAAGUGUUGCUUUUUUUUUUUUUUUUUUCUAA